AUGAAGUCCCUUGCUCGUAUCACGUGUUGGUGGUCUGAAUUGAAUCAUGACCUGAAUUGUACUGCGAAAUCCUGUGCUGAUUGUGUGCACAAAGCUCAUAGACAACCUUCGAAGUGGACUCCGUGGUCAGUAUCCUCCGUGUCAUGGCAACGAAUACAUGUGGAUUACUGUGGUCCAUUCUUCAACAAGUAUUACGCAUUGGUGAUCGUCGAUUCCUACUCCCGUUGGCCAGAAGUAUACUUUGCCACAACUCCCAGUUCAGAAUUUACUAUUCGAGCACUCAGGAAAACGUUCAGUAGAGAAGGGUCCCGCAUGCAUAUCGUGACUGACAAUGGAAGUCAUUUUACUGCUAAGAAAGUUACCGAUUGGUUGAACUCCGUGAGUUGUCGUCAUGUUCUCAAUCCACCCCGACAUUCACAAUCCAAUGGCGCAGCCGUAAACGUUGUACGCACACUAAAGAGUAUCAUUGCUUCUGUGAAUCCCAGUAAAUUCGAUGAACUAGACAGAGGUGCCGAUAACUUUCUUAUGCAAUACCGUAAAGUAGUACAUUCAACUACGGGACACGUUCCAGCAAAGCUGUUUAAGAGUCCAGUACUUCGAACAAACCUUCUGCGCUUGGAGUCUGCGGAAGUCAUAUAUCAUCGAGGUAACGAUUUACGACCCUCCAGGGGCAUUGUACUGGACAAUAUGGGAUAA